AUGGGUAAAGUUGGCGUUUGGAAGGCAUCUUAUUAUUGUAAUAGGACCAAAACAUGGAUCUAUGGCCGUUUGGUAAUCUACACUCGUUGUAUUCGCUUUUUGGAAGAAAAAGACGGAAGAAAUUGCGUCGAUUUUCGAAUAUACUAUGAGGAUUUCUUCGAGCUAAAAAAAGAAACUACAUCCAUAUUUUACGCGGCUAUAUCAGUCCGUGUUAACACUGAUAAAUAUUGGUUCUCGUCGUUUUCUGAUCGUGGAUAUGUUUUUAAUACAAUCGAACAUUUUUGGAAGGAAAGGUUAUUUGCGAGGUGCGUAGAAAUAAUUAUUCCAACCUCUACAUGUACAUGACACAAAAUACGAAUCAAUUUCAUGACGUAAUCAAUACUUUUGUAUGGGAAUCCCUUAUUUACUUUUACCAAAAAAUGCUCUUUCAUUUAAUCUUUCAGCUCUGAUGGUGAGGAACCACCUAACUCUAAACUCCUCAAUAUCCUAUACGAUGCACAGAGUACACUAACUUCGGCUGGGAAGACUGUGCACAAACAGGGGCAGCAAAUUGAUGCGGCUUGUUCCAAUAUAAACAAGAUUCACAAUGACCUGAGCGUGGCAGAGACUUUAAUUUACAAUCUAGAUUCCUGGUUAAACAAAUGGAACGUUGAAACUCCACAUGUGCACAUUGAUGUUCCAGAAAACAAUGCAAUGCUAAAGAAGUCUGAAUUUCCCAUUGUUUAUGCCAGGACACAGAAAGAAAAGCACUUACCCGGUAGUUUAGUUCUAUCAAAUGAAUCAGUGGAUAUUUUAACUGCGGAAAGAAAUUUUGAUAUCAGUUUUACUCUGAGGGAAAUCACUGAAAUCAGUGUUCACACACCAUGGGAGAUGACCAUAUUGCAGCUUAGGAUUGGUCAGACUGGGCAGUCUGUGCAUCUGAUAGCAGCACGGUUAGUGCACAUUCUUCAAACACUUGAGGUCAUGUUGCCUGGGAAGGUGAACUAUGAGGAUCCACUAGGUGAAUUUGAAGAAGAUGCUGAGGAGAAGUUAGAUGGACUUACUAUGCAAGGUGGGUGGAAUUUCCGGAAGGGUACCCCUAGAAUGGCCGAUAUGGGGAAGCUCCACCCAAAAGGAGUACCUUUUUCAAACUUCAGGAGUAUAAAAGGGUAGAGAUCUUGCUGGCUGAAGUAUUUCAAUUGGUAGAGACAUCUGUCAUAAAGGCCCAAAAGGGCUAAAAGAUGCAUUUUAGUGGUUAGAAAAGUCGUAUUUUAAAGAUAAUGCAAGUAUAGCAAUUAAAAAGGAUAAAUAAUAAUAAUAAAUGUCUUUAUUGCUCAUUAGAUAAAAAUACAUAUCCAAUGUUACAGGAUAAAAAGAUUAAAAGUUCAGCUAAAUUACAAUAGAAUAAAAAGAUUAAAAAAUGCGAAAAAGUAGUUACACAUGUCUGACAUAAAAUAUCAUAAAAAGUUGUAUUUAAAAAUUAAUCUAUUUACAAGUGUGUUCUUAUAACGGUGUUUAUCUUGGGCCUUUGGAAGCUUUUACGUCUAAGAUUGUAGGUUAGAUUCUUCUUUUCUUGCGGUAAGCACACCUUCAGAGGGUGGUCAUCAUACUGUUUAGCUUUUUGAAAAAUCGCUUUAUCUUGUUUUUGUGGUAAUGAUCUAAUAUUUAACUGUGUAGAGAUAAAGCGUAACUUAUAGCAUCUGUCUAAAAAUUGCUGAAGGACAUUAAUUUCCACAACGGAGGCACCAUAAACAGAUAGUCCAUAGGUUAUGUUAGGGAAAACAAUACUAUAGAAGAGAUAAUCAAUUUCUGUCUGGCUAUAGCGCUCUUUUCUACAUACUCGCAGCUCAUGUAGACAUUUGUUGGCCUUGCACAGUUUAGCUUUUAUGUGUGCAAGACAACGAAUUCAGCAAAUGCAAAGUUCUAAACUAGAUUUGUAAAGGGCUACCAUUGGUCAAUAGAAGGUAUUUGAAAGGAGUACCUUUUUUGCCAAAGUUGUAUAUAAAAGGUUAAGGGGUCGCACCUCAGGGCAGAGGCUCCCAGUAUAAAACUUUGUAAAAUACCCCCCACUCCCCUCCUCCCCCCUCAAAAGGGUAGAACCGCAGUUUUAUUGUUUCACUCAUUAGCAAAUUAAGUAAUGAAAUGUUUCUUUUUUCCAAUAACAUGAUUAUCUGGUGUUUUGGGGGAUAAGGAGACUGAUGGGANAUCCAACAAAACACUUGAGCGAACGUCAUAGUUAGAAAAGGUGAGAAUUCUAGCAGCCCUAUUCUGCAGCUUUUGAAGUUUGUCUGCUAGUCCCUUAUUGAUAUUACCCCAUACGGCACCACAGUAAUUAAUUAUGAUGAUGAUGACCCAGUGACUUUUUUUAACAAUUUCCAUGAUAUUCCCAAAAACGGGCAAACACAGUGAUUUUCAAAUUAGUCCCUUCCAAGUAGUAGAUGCAUGACAAAUUUUAAAGAGUUUACAUGGUUUUGGGGGACGCUGUCACAAAAUUAUAGACGUUUGUAUGGAUCUUUAACCAUGUUUCAAGAGUCAUAGCUUGAUUCCUGUUCAAUUUUAGAGCACCAAACUUGGUCAAAUAACCAAUCUCAACAUGACCUUUUAUAUGGUUGUGUCAGUUUAUCGAUUAGUUUAAAUUUGAAACUCGCCCCAGUUCCCUAUGCAACUCUGAAAUGGCUAAUAGCAAUUUCAAAGGAUGCAAGGGGAUAUCAUUGUGAAAGGGGUACCAUUUGUCAGUAGAAGGUGUUUGGAAGGAGUACUGUUUUUGUCAAAGUUGUCUAUAAAAGGUUAAGGGAUUGGACCUCAGGGCAGAACCUUCCAGUAUAAAACUUUGUAAAAUACCCCCCCUCCCCUCCUCCCCCUUUAAGGGGGUAGAACUGCUGUUUUAUUGUUUCACUUUAGCAAAUUAAGUAAUGGAAUGUUUCUUUUUUCCAAUAACCUGAUUAUCUGGUGUUUUGGAGGGAAUGGAGACUGGUGGGAAGCAAAAGGGGAGACAGGCUUGAUUUCUGCUGCUUUCUGGAGUCCAGGUUCGCUCCUCCCUGAGAAGAAAGGAAGUAGCUCAGACAGCUCAGGCUCAUUUCCCAAACCAGUUGCUGGUAAUCAAGCCCUAUUUUGUGCCAGUCCUUCCUUUAUCUCUUCUCCUCCCCCCUUUCCACCAAAAUCUCCUUUAGGCUAUUUUGGCAAAAACUGCCCAAUAAAGUAAAGCUUUUCAAAUGCCCAGGGGAAGAAGGGAAGAAGUGAAAGUGUUUUGUCUUUUUUGCACGCCAGAACUGUGAAAGCUUCCCAGCAUUGUGCUGGUAAUCAACAUUUUGGGUAGCUGAAAACAAUACAGUUCAACUAACUUUUGCUAGGGCUUUGCUUCGUGUUAACUCUUUCCCCACUGAUGUUUUCAGGUAGCUGAGAAAGGAGUCUUGGACCUCCCUGUCCUUUCCCCCCUCCCCCUGCCCUAACCAGGUGACCUUGUAACAAACUAAUAUCCAGUUCAGAAGGAAAGGAGUGACAAUGAUAAUAAUAAUAACAAUACAAACAAGGUCCGGCUCUUUUGGCUUGAAUAGUACUUUAACCAAAUUAACAUAACCCUGUCGUUCAUUACAGAUAACAACGAUGAUGCAAGCACUGAUCGAGGAGACUUUCAGUUUAACAGCAGUACAGCAAAGAAUUCCAAGUCAGUAACAGAUGCUGAAGCAGCUGAGAUGGGGCAGGUUCUGCAGGGUAUGAGAAGUCUUGCACUGGGAAUACAGGAUGAACAGAACAGGCAGCUUCGACAAUUGGACCUGCUAUCAGAUUCUGUUGAUAAAGCCAAUGAGAGAGUACGAACUGAUUCUCGCAAGAUUUCAAAACUCACGUGA